GUGGACUCGUGGUGCUGGCUGCCGCUGUUGAGGCGGCCUGGAACGGGCUGUGGGGAGCGGGCGGAGCUGGCCCUGCUUCUGCCUGGUCAGCGCCGCAGGCGGCGCGGGCCGUGCCCGCUGCCGUCAACUGCCCCAAGCGCCUGCUGAGGCCGAGGGAGACGUCGGGGCCUGCACCUGGAGAGAGCCUGCCGCGCUGGCCCGGAGGAGGGGGCGUUGCCAUGGCGACAGCCUCUCCGGCAGCUGACGGGGGGCGGGGGCGGCCCUGGGAAGGAGGGCUGGUCUCCUGGCCCCCUGCCCCUCCCCUUACACUCCCUUGGACCUGGAUGGGCCCGAACUGGGGGCAACACCCUGGGCAUUGGGGCUUUCCAGCUCUCACAGACCCUUCAGCAUCUCCAGCCACCAGUCUUGGCAUCUUCGAAGUAAGGAGAGUUUUAGAUGCCUCUGGAUGCUCAAUGCUAGCACCUUUACAGACUGGAGCAGCUCGAUUUUCUUCGUAUUUACUUUCAAGAGCAAGAAAAGUGCUGGGUUCCCACUUAUUUUCUCCCUGUGGUGUUCCGGAGUUCUGUUCCAUAUCCACCAGAAAGCUGGCGGCCCACGGCUUUGGCGCGUCAAUGGCGGCAAUGGUGCCCUUCCCUCCCCAGAGGUAUCACUACUUUUUAGUGCUGGACUUUGAGGCCACGUGCGACAAGCCACAGAUUCAUCCUCAGGAAAUCAUUGAGUUCCCCAUCCUGAAGUUAAAUGGCCGCACCAUGGAAAUCGAGUCUACCUUUCACAUGUAUGUCCAGCCUGUAGUCCACCCACAGCUUACCCCCUUCUGUACAGAGCUCACUGGGAUCAUUCAAGCCAUGGUGGAUGGCCAGCCAAGGCUGCAGCAAGUGCUGGAGAGGGUCGAUGAGUGGAUGGCGAAGGAAGGCCUCUUAGAUCCAAACGUCAAGUCAAUUUUUGUCACCUGCGGAGACUGGGACUUGAAAGUCAUGCUCCCAGGCCAGUGCCAUUAUUUAGGCUUGCCAGUGGCGGAUUACUUCAAGCAGUGGAUUAAUCUGAAAAAGGCUUACAGCUUCGCCAUGGGCUGCUGGCCCAAGAAUGGACUACUAGACAUGAACAAGGGUCUCAGCCUGCAGCACAUAGGCCGGCCCCACAGCGGCAUUGAUGACUGCAAGAACAUUGCCAACAUCAUGAAGACAUUGGCAUACCGAGGUUUCAUCUUCAAGCAGACAUCAAAGCCCUUCUGAUUGGCAGAGGACGGAUGGGGCAGGACAGGGUAGCUGCUUGGCCCAAACCAGAAUCCUCCUCUCCCUCGCUAGAGGGAGAAAGGAGAGUGGCACAGCUCUGCGCCCAGAGUGUCCCCAGAUGCCCUGUGGGCUUGUGCCCUGGGUGAGGGCUUGGCCACUUGGCCCCUCUGGAGCAGACACUUUGUGCCCCACCCCCUCCCACUCCUCAGUCUCAGUCCAGUAUUAGCCCCUGCCAUUUUGGGCCUGGGCUAGGGGGAACCCAGGUACUCACUGCCUUCUCCCUGGUAUGCAGGCUUCUGCUGGGGUCACCAAGUCUCCCCUGUGCCCCCUCCCAUCCAUAGUGCAUGGUGUGUGGUGCCCCCAGGGCUCCAGGACAGAUCAGGCCCCACCUUGUGUCACCCCCAUCCCUGCUGUGAACGUGCCACUGAAUAAAGUCGGGGAAACAAGG